CCCGAAAACUAACUAAUCCAUUCUGAUCCAAGUAAAAGAACCAAAUAACGGUUUGUUCGACUGAAAACCAGCGUUUGUUCUUCUUCUCCUCUUUCCUGUAAGCGGACAAAUUAAUGGAAACUAAGAGUACUAGAGAAUCUAGAAGACGGAAGAUUCUAGAAAGAGGGGCUGACCGUUUAGCUCUCAUCACCGGCCGUCCUCAAAACCUCCCUUCGCACCCGUUGAAUUCCAAUCAACAUCCACCACCGUCCGAUCUGUUCGAUCAAACCGCAGCUUCUUCUCGUAAUGGCGAUGAUGGACGAUUUGGUUCUACUUUAUCGAAUAAGGAUUCUACUGUUAAAGCUGGACACGGGGAAAGCAUCAUAGAACCACCAUUGAGUACAUUUGAGGCCAGUAGGGAAACCUCUAGAGCUUCUGUUUUAGAUGAAGGCAGCACCGAACAAUCAGUUUUAGAUGAGAAAUCAACUAUUUCCACUUCAGGCACACCGCAAAACUUAGAGUCGAGUAAACAUCUGAGUAGGUUUGUGACUGCAAGUCAAAUAAGCUCUGCUAUCACAGCAUCAGAGAGAUCGCGUCUCAUUUGUUCUGCCGUCAUUGCCCUUUUUGUGGUAUUGUCAUCUUUAGGAUUUCCAGUUAUUGGAAGCAAUUCCGCUAAGAGCAUCGUAAGUUGUAGGCCUGUUUAUCUUUUGCUGCUGACUAAUGCAACACUUGUACUUGCACGGCUUCUAUUAAACAAUCAGAAAGCAUAUGCAAGGACGGUUCCCGGAGAAAUUUCAUUGAUGGGCAAUGAUUGGGUCGAACAAGCUGGUAAGGCUUUGGAGGUUGGCCUAGUGAUGCAGAAGGCAAUUGACGCAGUAUUGAUGGAUUGCAGUGUAUAUACAAUCAUCAUAAUUGUCGGUUUCUCUUUUAUCAAGUAACUUUUUUGUACGCAAUUUUUUCGUCGUAGUUCGUAUUCAUGUGCAACGAGAUCCAAGACCCUCUUGAACCUAUUGAUUCUUCUUUGAAAUGACACCUUUUGUUUCAUUAUUGCUAAAA